AUGGAGCUGCAGAGCCGGCCCGAGGCGCUCGCCGUGGAACUCGCGCGCCACCAGAACGGCGACCUCAAGAAACAGCUGCACGAGCGGCAGCCCCGGAUCGCCGCGCUCAGCGACAAACAAGCUUUGGGAACCAUCACUGCAGUGCCUGUCACUGGUCCUCAGGUCAGCUCCUUGCAGAGGUUGGCCGGGCAAGGAGCAGCAGUGCUACCUCAGGUUAGGCCAAAGACUCUGAUCCCAGACAGCCUCCCCGUCACCCCGGGCCGGGACCGGCCACCCAAGCAGCCCCCAACAUUCCAGAAGGCCACCGUGGUCAGUAUCAAGAACCCCAGCCCCGCGCUCCCCACCGCCAACAACACCGUGAGCCAUGUGCCAGCGCCCGGCAGCCAGCCGCGGGCCCUGCCUGAGCCCACCGCCGUCAGCUCUCCUCUGAGCGGCGCCGGGGUGGCCUACGCCAUCAUCUCCACCGCCCCCAGCAAUGCCGCCGCCCUGGCCCCCAGCACCGCCGUGUCCGUGGUCAGCGACAGCGUCAAAGUCCAGCCCCUCCUCAUCAGCGCCGACAACAAGGUCAUCAUCAUUCAGUCUCAAGUGCAGCCGCAGCCCGAGAACACCACAGAGUCGCAGGCGCCCACGGAGGAGCCGUCUCGGGGGGCUCAGGCCAGCAGCAAGAGGAAGGAAGAGCGGCUCUCGAGCCAGGAGAACCCUGAGAAAAUCGCCUUCAUGGUGGCGCUGGGCCUGGUGACGACGGAGCACUUGGAAGAGAUCCAGAGCAAACGCCAGGAGCGAAAGCGGAGAAGCACAGCCAACCCCGCCUACAGCGGCCUCCUGGAGACAGAGAGGAAGCGACUGGCAUCCAACUAUCUCAACACACCCCUGUUCCUCACAGCAAGAGCCAAUGAGGACCCCUGCUGGAAGAAUGAGAUCACCCACGAUGAGCUCUGUGCUGCCUGCAAGCGAGGGGCCAACCUGCAGCCGUGCGGCACGUGCCCAGGGGCCUACCACCUCAGCUGCCUGGACCCGCCCCUCAAAACAGCACCCAAGGGCAUGUGGGUGUGCCCCAAAUGCCAGCAGAAGGCCUUAAAGAAAGACGGAGGUGUGCCCUGGACUGGGAUGCUGGCCAUCGUGCACUCCUACGUCACCCACAAGACAGUCAAAGAAGAGGAGAAGCAGAAGCUGCUGCAGCGGGGCAGUGAGCUGCAGAGCGAGCACCAGCAACUGGAGGAGCGAGACCGGCGCCUGGCCUCGGCGGUGAAGAAAUGCCUGGAGCUCAAGACGAGCCUGCUGGCCCGGCAGAGGGGCACCCAGUCGUCCUUGGACCGCCUGCGGGCCCUCCUUAGACUGAUUCAGGGUGAUCAGAUGCUCCAGGUCACCAUGACGACCACCAGCCCCGCCCCACUGCUGGCAGGGCCCUGGACCAAGCCCUCAGCAGCAGCCAUGCACUCUGCCCUCCAGCACCCCCAGGGGCACAACUGACCCCCGAGGGACCGGUCUUCACAGCCGCGGAAAGUCACUGGGACCCUGCUCGCGAGACCUGCGGGUUCUGUCAGCCUUAAUUCAUACA